UGCAUAACUGUGACUUAUAGAGGUUUUAUUACUGUAGUGGGUGAUUUUGAGUGGACUAUUGCUGCAUGGCUACAGCUCUGCGUCCCUCCGUGGGGCUCGGAGAGGCUGAUCUCGCGUGGUAAACAUCUCUGACAUCUGAGGCGCUCCAGGGAUUUAGUGAGCAUGCUCAGUGCGCUCCUCUCAGCAACAGUUGAAACCUCCGCCGCUGCAUAGGAGUCAUACCAAGCAUAGCCUGCGUGUCAGUGCAGUCGACUUACAGCUGGCUGUGAGGAGAACUGUCGCUACUUUUAUUUUAUUUUUUUUGUUUGUAGGGUUUUUAUCGCCGCUUUUACAUUCGCUCACAACAGAAGAAGUAUCAUUGAAACGACUGCAAGACUGCGUCCGGUGGGGUUUUAUUUUGGUAUAGUUUUUUAGAAAGCACAAAGUUGGAGGCUGGGCCUUUAGCUUCUUCUUCUUCGACCGUCGCUUUAGUGAAGGAGAGAGGGGAAAACGGCUCUUCUCUUUAUUUUUUUGGUCCCUUUAAAAAACCCAGCUCGAUAAAUGCUACUAACGAAGAUGGACUUGUUGAACUACCAGUACCUGGACAAAAUGAACAACAACAUCGGCAUUCUGUGCUACGAAGGUGAAGCAGCUUUGAGGGGGGAGCACAGAAUCCAGUCUUUGUCCCUGUCCUCAUCUUCCUCCUCAUCCUCUUCAUCGUCCUCGUCUUCCUCAAUCUCCAGCCACAGAACCGGCCCCCCUCCGAUCAGCCCCACCAAGAGGAAGCUGAGCGGGGACCAGGGAGACAGCGACAUGGACGACAACGAGCACGUGGCAAAGAUGAGCCGACUGUUCGCUGCAAAGCUAAAUCCUAACGGAGACUACCGGAACUCCUCUCUUACCAGAGAUCCCAGUCGGAGCCCCACAAUGCCCAAUGCUUUGGGAGUCCACGGCAACCACCUGUACAGCCACGCCCACCACCACCUGGCAAGUUUGGGCAGCAUGGACCAGCCCCUGGCACUUACAAAACACACCAUGGUGGAGCCGGCGCGCAGCACCACGGCACCAGUGAGUGCAGUGGCGCAUUCAGCCAGCGCCGUGGAGCGCCAGCAGAAUCGCCCCUCGGUGAUCACGUGUGCUCCAGCCAACAACCGCAACUGCAACCUGUCCCACUGUCCCGUCACCUACAACAAAUGCUCCAACCUCACGAACAACUACAGAAGACUCAACACCAACACAGCCUGCGACCCUGUGAUCGAGGAGCACUUCCGGCGCAGCCUCGGGAAGAACUACAAGGAGCCCGAACCCACCGCCACCAACACGGUGUCCAUCACGGGCUCGGUGGACGACCAUUUCGCCAAGGCGCUCGGCGAGACCUGGUUGCAGAUCAAAAACAAGGGGAGCCCCUCGUCAACCAGCAGCAGCCCAAACUCCUCCCCCGACAGCCGCAUGGUCAAUCACAAUCACUCGCCUUCCGUCGUCUCGUGAAGGGAUGCAGGUUUUCCCCCGAUCACACCGGCUCCAACACAACCGGCACCGCUUCCUCCGGCCCCGAAUCCUUCAACCCGCUCGCUCGCUGUGGACUCACCCAGAAUCAAUCAAGCAAUAAAGACAUGGACACUCCCCCCCACCCCCACGCCUUCCUGGGACUGAACCAUCAUCCUCCUUCCUGUCAUUCAUCCCGCCGGGAUGUGGAGCUCAAGAGUCUGUAGUUAUAUGUACAUAAGAGGGAAGACGCUCUCACCUGACAGGUUUCUCUCCUUUUUUUUUCUUUAGUUCUUUCUGUAGCUGUAGUUCUGUGUACUGAUCCGAGCAUUUUUGGGGCUACAACGAACACGAGUGAAACAAUUCCUAAAAACAAUCUCAAACCACCUAACCGUGCUACCAAAGAACCAUCAGACAUGAACGCCCGCUUCAAAAACUCCACGAAAAGCCAUUUGUUAGUCCUGUUGAUGUUGUCCGUCUGUCCGUCGGAGAGCCACUCGGUCCGAUUUGCACUAUUGCUGAAGAACGCCGUCAGAUUUGAACACACUGGGCUCAGAGAGCUGGUUCUGAUGAUCCAAUCAGUCGAUUCCCAUUAGCUUUCCUUCAAUGGAUUUGGAGGAAGGUUUCGCCCCAGCUCAGGUACAGAGUGUUUCCAUAAUUUAUUGUAAAGAAAAAUGAAACAUUCACAUUCGAGGAUGAGCAGAAGAUUAUUAUUAUUUUUUGUUUUUUGCGUGCGACACAUUUGCUCAUUUGCUACAAAACAAUCACAACAGAGACGCUUUGUUAAGAAAAUAAGUCAACUUUAAAUAUUCUGAAAAAAUGAAACGGCCUCUGCUGCCCAACACUAUAGAAAAAUCCAGUUAGUUUUAGUCAUCAGUCAGAGAAUUCCUGAUCUGGUCGUUCUUCAGCAACACAAAGACACGACAGAAGGAAGAGCGUUAAAACGUCUAAUUCCAGGGAGAUCAUUCAGAGCUCUUUAAAAACCAACUUUUGUAUUGUUUUUGUGACUCCUUAACACUAUUUGACCCCCCUCCAAAAAAAGGUAUGAAAGAUUUCUACAAGGGUUUUAAGGGUAAAUUAAUGCUUUUAUAAAUGCAUGUUUGUUUUUUCUUUAAUAGCUGGUAUCUAUUAGCAUUUUUAGCAUUUCAAUCUUUAUUAUUAUUAGCCUUUUAUUCAGAUGUUAAUUGCUCUUUUCAGUAACAGAUGUAGAAACUAUACACUCACUGCUGGGUCAGUUGUACUCAAUAUUAUUAAUGGUAUUGCUAUUAUUCCAGUUUUGUACCUUUUUAUUUUGUUUUCUAUUAAUAUCAGUGUAUUAACAAGCGUCUGUUGUGGAACGAUGGCACAGCCUCUGGACAGGCUCUGUUUAAAGUGGAAUUUCUCUGAAGCAUCUCAGCGGGGGCGACGCGUUAGAGCUGCGAUGAUCUGUCGAAGCAAUGAGAUGUUGAUCUAUCGAGAGGUACAGGCUGCUUCAACUGCUGCACGACUGAGCGGAGACGCCGAGAUGACGUCGAUUUGGCUUUGUUUUAUUUUGUUAACAACACCGCCCUUACCUGAACUAGAUGUAGCCUGUUGGCUUUUACUUUUGUACCGACAGCCUAAAACUCUCAGACAAUCUUGCAGGCGAGGAGUCUUUUGGGAAGGUUUGGUGUUGUUCGGAAAAGGAGGAGGUCAUCAUCGCUGUCGACUGAUUUAAUAGUGUCUUAAAUUAUCCAGUUAAAGGAGGAGUUUAUGUAGGUUUUGCAGAGAAGAUGCUAUGUGGUCAAACCAGGAUCAACCUAAAGGGUAACCAAACAGGGCAGUUGGAGGCUGACUCCACUCUCAGCCAAGAUUUGAAAAAAGCCAAACUAAAGGAUCUUUUCAUUAUUGUCUCAAUGAAAAUAAUUUUAAAAAAUCAUAAAGUUCAGGAGGCGCAAGCAGGCUGCUUCCCUGUCCCGCAGUGGCUCUCUGUCUGCCGGUCAGCCAGCUUUGAGGCCAGUUCAGCAAACAAGCCCUGCCGUUCUCGGCGUAGUGACCGUCCUCCACCGCUCUCUGCGUCAACAUGGCGGAGUGAGCUCUGCCAUUCCCCCUCAUCAUGGGGUGACAUUCGCCAUUCUUGGUGAUGUGGUAAAACCUCCGCCACUCGUGGUGUUGCGGGGUGACCUCCGGCAGUCUUGGAGUCAACAUCGCAGAGGGAGCUCCGCUGUUCUCAGCUCCGCCAGUCGUGAUGUCAGGAAGCGUCCUCCGCCACUCUUGCCGUCACUGGGGCGACCUCUGCCACUUGUGGCAUCACAGCGCAACCUCCGCCACUCUUGCGGUAGUGGGGCAACCUUUGCCACUUGUGGCAUCGCGGUGCGACCUCCGCCACUCGUGGCGUCGCAGGGCAACCUCUGCCACUCUUGUGGUAGUGGGGCAACCUUUGCCACUCGGGGCAUCGCGGUGCGACCUCCGCCACUUUGCUGGAAUUAUGUUGAUCACGUUAAAAAUUUACAAUAAAUGAAAGAGCAUAAACACUGGACCUACAGUGUUUAAAGUUUUAUCCGGCCCAGUGACGAAAAGAAAAAAAUAUAAGAUUGUUAAAAAAAAUUAAAGCAAGCUUCUAGCCCGAGUUCUGGUUCUUUGCAGAAAUGACUGCAAUGUGCAAUUCCACCACUAGGGGAAGCAAAGGAAAUGCAAGACGGGUAUAACAAGAGAUUAAGAAAAAACAUAAAAAAUGUAAUACGUGACUUUCAAGCAUGAAGUUUAGAAAAAAAAGUACAUUUGAAAAAUAAAUAUUUUAUAAAGCUUACAAAAAAUAUUGUAAAUUGUAAGCUUGAAUUUAAAAACUUUCAACCUAAUGGGAUCCUGAUUUGACCCCAGCAGACAAAUAGAGCCAAACGGAUAAUUAGAAUUCAUGUCCCAGCUCUGUGCUUUCUUAGAUUUCAGAAUAAAACACUCCUCCUCAGUUCAAACCAAUCACAAACGUUUGUGUGCCACACGUCAUCUUCAGAGGGGAACUCACCACAGAUCUGGAUGCAGGCGACUUCUCUACAAGAGCUGCUCGUUCCAGAGUUUCCUCUCAGAAGUGGUACUUUAAUGGAACAUAUUAGCACUAGCUGCAUAGGAACAGUUGUGUCACAACCCUUUCUAAAACCAUAUUUUUUUAGAGCAUGGACGCUAAAGCUAACAUUUGAUGAGGUUUUUGUUGCUUUUGGGUGUUUUAUCAAGUGUUGUGAGCCUGCAGAGUUUCUUUUCUUUUCUGUAAAAAAGUCCACACAUUCCAUCAUCAGCUCGCACAGAAGAAGUCACAGAACUGGAAAACGCCCCCCCCACCCCAAAAAAGUCAGUUUUUGAGGAAGGUUGAAGGGGGUGGAGCAGCUGAGCAGUUUCAUGUCUUACAGCAUAACAACGCAGCAGGUUCUGGUUCAAAUGGAAAUGCUUAAAGUGAGGAAACGGCCGGGUGUCCCGAGGAUGUUUCUAUUACAUUCAGAAUAUUUCACUUCCACCCUAUAGGGCGCUCUUUAUGCUUUGGCACACACUGUAGGAAAAUCACUCAAUAAAUAAAA